AUGAUAUUUUCAACUUUUGAGCAUAUAUUAACUCAUAUAUCUUUUUCGGUCAUUUCAAUUGUCAUUACAAUUCAGUUAAUAACCUUAUUAAUCAAUGAAACCGUAGGACUCUAUGUUUCGUCAGAAAAGGGCAUGAUAGCUACUUUUUUCUGUAUAACAGGAUUAUUAGUUACUCGUUGGAUUUAUUUGAGGCAUUUACCAUUAAGUGAUUUAUAUGAAUCAUUACUAUUUCUUUCAUGGGCUUUCUCCAUUAUUCAUCUAUUUACGUAUUUUAAAAAUAUAAAAACCAUUAAGUGUAAGCGCAAUAACCGCGCCAGUACUAUUUUUACACAAGGUUUUGCUACUUCAGGUUUUUUAACUGAAAUGCAUCCAUCCCCACUAUUAGUUCCCGCUCUCCAAUCUCAUUGGUUAAUGAUGCACGUAAGUAUGAUGGUAUUAGGUUAUGCCGCUCUUUUAUGUGGAUCAUUAUUUUCAGUAGCUCUUAUAGUGAUUACCUUUCAAAAAGCUAUAAGAAUUUUUUGUAAAAACAAUAAUUUAUUAAAUGCGUUAUUUUCCUUUAAUGAGAUCCAAUCCAUCAACGAAGGGAACUAUUUUGUAAGAAACACUUCCUUUUUUUCUUCGAAGAAUUAUUAUAAGUCUCAACUGAUUCAACAAUUAGAUCAUUGGAGUUGUCGUAUUAUUAGUCUAGGGUUUAUCUUUUUAAGCAUAGGUAUUCUUUCAGGGGCAGUAUGGGCUAAUGAGACCUGGGGAUCGUAUUGGAAUUGGGACCCAAAGGAAACUUGGGCAUUUAUUACUUGGACGAUAUUCGCAAUUUAUUUACAUACGCGAACAAAUAAAAAUUUUGAAGGUGUAAAUUCCGCAAUUGUGGCCUCUAUGGGUUUUCUUAUAAUUUGGAUAUGCUAUUUUGGGGUCAAUCUAUUAGGGAUAGGGCUACAUAGUUAUGGUCCGUUUACAUUAACAUCUAAUUGA